GCUCCCCGCCCGCCGCCCCCCGUCCUCGGUCGGUUCUCUCGUUAGUCCGCCGCCUCCUUAGCCGCCCACCCUCGUCUCCGAGCUUGGGACACGCGGACCGGCGUCGUCGGCGCAGAGAGGCCGGAGUCGGAGCGUCUUCCGAGUGCCUUUCAUCCGAGAAGUUCAAGGCACUUUGUAGAACUUCUGCCACAGGCCGCGCGUGGGUCUUGCAGCACAUUUGUAAGCAAUGGCUGCCAUCCGGAAGAAAUUGGUGAUUGUUGGUGAUGGAGCCUGUGGCAAGACUUGCUUGCUCAUCGUUUUUAGCAAGGACCAGUUCCCAGAGGUGUAUGUGCCUACGGUGUUUGAGAACUAUGUGGCAGACAUUGAAGUGGAUGGAAAGCAGGUGAGUCCACUUUCCAUAACAAUGGCACGCUGCUCCAUCUCCAAGGGCCCUUGA